AUGAAGAAGUUUUCCAGGAUGCCAAAGUCUGAGAGCGGAGGCGGCGGGGCCCCCGGGGGAGCCUCCGGUUCGGGCUCGGGGCUCAGCAGCUACUUCGGCAAAGUUUUUGCCGUAGGACGAUAUCAAGUCACCGUUGAAGAGCUGGUAGCGGAGGGAGGAUUCUCUGUGGUAUUCUUGGCCCGUACGCACAGCGGCGUACGCUGUGCUCUUAAGCGCAUGUACGUCAACAACGUUCCCGACCUCAACGUCCAUAAGAGGGAGAUUACUAUCAUGAAGGAGCUCUCGGGCCACAAGAACAUCGUGGGCUACCUUGACUCUGCAGUCAACACCGUAUCAGAUAGCGUUUGGGAGGUCCUCAUCCUCAUGGAGUAUUGCAAAGCGGGCCAGGUGGUGAAGCAGAUGAACCAGCGUUUGAAUGUGGGUUUCAGUGAGGCCGAGGUUCUGCAUAUCUUCUGUGACACAUGCGAGGCAGUGGCGCGGCUCCAUCAGUGCAAGACCCCAGUCAUUCACCGGGACCUCAAGGUGGAGAACAUCCUGCUGAAUGAUCAUGGAAGCUAUGUGUUGUGUGACUUUGGCAGCGCCACCCACAAAAUUCUGCAGCCCCACAAAGAUGGUGUGACCGCUGUGGAGGACGAGAUAAAGAAGUACACGACACUCUCGUACCGGGCCCCAGAGAUGAUUAACUUGUAUGCAGGGAAAGUCAUCACCACUAAGGCUGAUAUAUGGGCAUUGGGGUGCUUGUUGUACAAGCUGUGUUUCUUCACGCUCCCAUUCGGGGAGAGUCAAGUUGCCAUAUGCGACGGAACCUUUAUUGUUCCUGACAACUCCAAGUUCUCCCUCAAAUUGCACUGUUUAAUCCGCUAUAUGCUCGAACCAGACCAAGAGAAAAGACCAGACAUCUACCAAGUGUCCUACUUUGCCUUUAAAUUUGCCGGAAGGGACUGUCCUGUGCCAAAUAUCUUUAGUUCUUCCAUCCCCACGUCAUUACCAGAGCCUCUAACAGCCAGUGAGGCGGCCGCCAAGAAGAGUAUGACGAAAGCAAGAAUACGAGACUCCGUGGGCCCAACGGAGACCUCCAUAGCUCCCAGACAGAGGCCGAAGGCGGCAAAUAGUAACAUUCUGCCGCUCGCUACUGUCACACCUGUCAAGAUGACCGUGGUGCCUUCAGCUUCUGUCAGCAAUGGUCAGAAAGCUCCUACUGCUGGUAAUGGACAAACAACCGCGCAAGCACAGCCUGGCAGUCAGCAGCACAGAGUCCUGCAGCAGCUGCAGCCAGGCGACCUGCGCCUUCAGCAGUUCCACCACCAACAGCAGCAGCAGCAACAGCAAGCACUACAGCAGCAACACAUUAACGCACAACAACUUCAAUACCUUCAGUACCAACAAGCUGUGCAGCAGUCCAUCCAGCUACAGCAGCAACAGCAGCAGCAGGCUAUACUUCAGCAGCAACAGCAGCAGCAGAUGAUGAUGAUGCAGCAGCAGCCAAUGUAUCAAGAGAGAGUUGCUCAGGCUGCUCAGGCGCAGUAUGCUGCCAUGCUGCAGCAGUACCAACAGGCUUUUGCACACCAACAACAACAACAACAGCAGCAGCAGCAACAUCAUCAUCCCGCCUACAUGUCCUCACCUCUGGAGUUCCAGGCGCCUCUGAGCUCCUACAACGCCACCACGCCCACUGCAGGGACGGCUCACAUAGGGGCACCCUCUCCUGCGGAGCCAUCCUAUUCUCACCCCAGAACGCCCAUGCUGGCCUCGGAUGCCAUUUCCCCUCACUGUCAGAGUGUGAGCCACCCCCCGGACAUGUCGCGCUGGAAUCCCUUUGGCGAGGACAACUUCUCCAAGUUGACUGAGGAGGAGCUGAUCGACCGUGAAUUCGACAUGCUCAGAGCAAACAAACCUGUGGAGAGAGCGGCCAGCGUGGAGACCGGACGACCCCCGCCCAUCUCUGCCAAGUCCCUGCCGACCGAGGACCUUUUCGGCUCGGUGCCAUUUGUGGCCAGUGCAGAUUCAGACACAACAGUGGGUAAUCUGACGACAUCUGAAGUUGUUGUUCCUGUUGCUGCAUCCCAAGACGAUCACUUGCCACUUAUGGCAGGAAAGGAGCACAAGUCCCUGAGGAGGGGCAAUGGUCGGCCUGGCGACGACUCUGACAGCGACUUUGAGUCCGACCCACCUUCGCCUAAAAGCAGCGAGGAGGAGGAGGAAGAACCCGAGGAGCCCGAGGAAGACGAAGGCCCAAUUAGUGAACACGGCGAUGACACAGAGCCGGAGAAUGUGGGCCAGCGACCUCUCUUGAUGGAGUCUGAAGAAGACUGCGAAGAUGAAGACAAGCGCAGUUCAGACUCUGACGACAAGGAAAAGAAUCUAGCUAAGAAGGAAAGUACCACCAAGCAAGGGCACAGAGGCCACUCUGAUCUUGUUCCGGUGGGUUUUCAACAGCCCCUCGCCUCAGUAGAUAUCUUUGGGUCCACUCCCUUCCUUGGCGGAGACUCCCCAGUGGGAGAUAUCUUCGCCAAAGCACCUUUCCGUCAAGUAAGCCUCGACCAGCCACCCGCUGAUGAUUUCGACGUCUUCACCAAAGCUCCGUUCAGUCGAAAUCCCUCCAAAAAUGCCAGUGAACAGACACCGCCUAUUUCCCCCGAGGGCGUAGACAUCUUUGGCUUCGGCCCCUUCCAGCCGGGCAUUCCAUUUCAUACCACGUCCAGGAGCGCCGAGGACAUCUUCCUACCGUCUACUGAGGACUCACCGCAGCAACAGAGGCUGAAACAACGCAGCCUUCAGAAGUUGUCAUCACGCCAGAGGAAAACCAAGCAGGAAGUCACUGGGACAGGCGGCGGAAAGCGACACCAUGGCACCCCGACGGGCGUACGGAAGACUGGGAAACCCGUCAAGCCGACUUUCCGUACCCCUGAGCGAGUCCGCCGACACAAGAAAGUGGGCCGUCGGGACUCGCAGAGUAGCAACGAGUUCCUGAGUGACUCUAAAGAGAACAUCAGCGUGGACGUCACCAUUGCAGAAGGGAAGGACAACAGUGCCCAACACCAGAAGGAUGAGAUUCUGGACCCCUUUGGAGCCAAACCUUUCCACCCUCAAGACGGAGGACGGAACGGAGGAGCAUACCUCCAUGAAAGCAAGAGUGACCUGGGUACAUCACCAGCUCUUCACGGUGAUUGUAAUACCACAGAUGAUUUCGGGGCGGUGCCUUUCACGGAGGUGGUGGUCCCCUGUGGACCUCAGCAGCAGCCGGUGGAACUGGACCCCUUUGGUGCUGCGCCGUUUCCAUCCAAGCCGUGA